AGAGGUGAAGUUCAGUCCACGCGCGAAAUCAGUUGACGGACGGAACCCACCAUAUUAGUAAGCAGCAAUGACCAUUAUCCCACAGCAAAAGCGAGUGAAGAUCGGUGUGAUUGGCGCUGGUCCAGGAGGAUUAUCUGUUGCCAUCAACCUCCUUAAGCUGCCUUUCAUCGAUCUUAAUAUCUAUGACCAAGCCACCGAAUUGAGAGAAGUUGGGGCUGGUAUCAGCAUCAAUCAAAACACCUGGAGACAUCUUCGUCUCCUUGGAGCUGCUGAUACUAUCGAGCAGUCCACAGUCAGGGGCGAUGGAAGCAAAAUUGACAUAGAGCAGCGUAACGGACGAACAGGAGAACUAUUGCUCAGAAAAUAUCAAAGCGUCAACCCUGACGCCCCCGCACGUUCUCGUAUUGAGAGAUACAAACUCCAACAUGCACUUCUCGGACAAAUACCUGAAGAUUUCAUUAAGCUCUCCAAAAAGCUCAAGACGGUCGUGGAAUCAGACGACGGUGUUACAAUCACAUUUAAAGAUGGCACAGCUGCUGGACCUUUCGAUCUCCUCAUUGGUGCCGAUGGUAUCCGAUCUGUGGUCCGCCAAUAUGCCUACCCAGAACAUAGGCUCUCUUACACCGGCAAAGUAGCCUAUCGCACCCUUAUUCCCCAAUCGAAAGUAGCCCAUAUCGCUAAUAUCCCUCAUGCCGCUACCUUUUGGCACACUGCCAACAGCCACGUCUAUACUGACCCCUUGGACAACGGUCUCUUUGAAAUCGCUACGAGAGCGAUCGAGAGUGAGGAGCAUGGGAAUAAAGUCAGCUGGGGACAGAAGGUCAGCAGGGAUAGGGUGAUUCAUCACUACAAGGAUUACUGCGAGACUAUUCGACAGAUCGUUGAAGCACCGGAUGAAUGGCUUGAAUUUGCUAUGUUUGGCGGGCCUAGACUUGACUCUGUCAUCCACAAUGGUCGUAUCGCUCUUAUAGGAGAUGCUUCUCAUCCUUUAUCUGGUGCGUUUGGCUCUGGAGCGGCCUUUGCUUUCGAAGAUGCCUAUGUCUUGGCGCAAGCCCUUGUGUACACACAUGCACGAAAUGAAAACAUUUCAGAGGCAUUGAGGUUGUAUGAUGAGGUGAGAUCUCCGCAUUACAAGAACCUUUAUGCCAUCCUCACCGGGUUUGCAGCCACUGCAAGAGAAGUUCAAACCACUUAUGGCAUGGAGGACGAAGACCAGUUUGUCCGAGAAACCGUUAGACGCAACUGGUCUGCCCACCAUGAUUGGAUCUACUCCUAUGAUGUGACAAAGGUGUGGCAUCAGCGGGUUGUCGACGAGGACGCGAAGAAGGGAGUGGCGCAGCUGAAGAUUGGUGACGAACUAGGGACCAACAUCGUUGUGGAUGCUCAUUCAAUUACGAUGGCGGUAUAGAGAAGGCCAGGAAAGAUUAUAUUUCUGUUGUUUCGGACAGUUAUCAUUUCCGUUUUGCGUUCAUGAUGUAUCCGCUACUCCCUAUUCGUCCAAUAUCAGACCACCACCUCGGAUUUGAAUCACAAUCCUAUACGUUGUAUGGCUAUUCCUAUACGCAGCUCAAUAUUUUGUUGGUUCGCCCCCACCACCGAUCUCAGAGCCCCUUAUUUUGUGGCACGCCAUCCAACUCUCCUCAGGAGAAGAUUCGAGCUGCAGCAGCAAA